CAUGGAUUCUCUAAUACAGGAGCUCAGCACAGCCUAUGAUUGCUCUUUGAGGAAGAAGAGACGAGCUGAAGAGCAGGCUUUUGGUGUGCCCGUCAAUAAGAGAAAAUCCCUGCUGAUGAAGCCCCAGCACUACAGCCCAAAUACAGACUGCAAACAAGAGUGUGGUGACAGGAUAGAGGGAGAUGAAGAUGGCAGUCUCUUGGAAAACAAUGACCACCUUUCCACAGAAGUAAUGAUGAAACCAAUAAUUAAGAACCUUGCUGCAAUUGCACAAGAUAAUUCCAGUGGGAAAGAAGAGCGAUAUGGCUGUUAUCAAGAGAUCGUGGUCAAAUCUUUAAUGCAUUUAGGGAACUUUGAAAGCAGUGUGUCUGUUCAGUCCCUGAGUGAAAACUUGAAUGACAGUGGCAUUCAGUCUCUCAAAGCAGAGAGUGACGAAGUAGAUGAGUGCUUUACAAUCCAUUCUGAUGAUGGAAAAGACAAAACCAAUGAGUCCCAGCUCCAGUUCUGCUCCUCAGAAGACAAUGAAAGUAGCUCUGAAAGUGCAGAGAAUGGUUGGGACAGUGGAUCUAAUUUCUCAGAAGAAACCAAACCACACAGAGCCCCAAAGUUUGUUUUAGUGAAUAAUAAAGACUUAUCAGAAGGUCCUCCAGAAGUCAAAACGGAAGCUGAGAAAUUUCUCUCUUACGACAACCUCUGUGAUGCUGAAACCAACAGGCGAGACCCCCAGAGUGCUUGCAUGGACAGUUUGGGUGGUAAUGCCCAGCUCUCCUUCUCCAGCAUGGAGGAGGAUGAUAAGGAGUGUCUGGCAGCAGUGGCAAAAGAGUCUGUGGAUCUGGAGAAAACCAAAGGGAACUUAAGUUUAUUGGAGCAAGCGAUUGCUCUGCAGGCAGAGCGAAGCUGUGUCUUCCAGAACAACUACAAGGAGCUGGACAGGUUUUUACUGGAGCAUCUAGCAGGGGAAAAAAGGCAAACCAAAGUUACUGACAUGGGUGGAAGGCAAAUCUUUAAUAUUAAACAUUCACCGAGGCCUGAAAAGCGAGAGACAAAGUGUCCCAUCCCUGGCUGCGACGGCACAGGACAUGUUACUGGACUUUAUCCCCACCACCGCAGCCUUUCAGGGUGCCCCCACAAGGUCCGAGUUCCCCUAGAAAUUCUUGCCAUGCAUGAAAAUGUACUCAAGUGUCCCACCCCGGGGUGCACCGGAAGGGGUCAUGUGAACAGCAACCGCAACACCCACAGGAGUCUUUCUGGUUGUCCAAUUGCUGCAGCUGAAAAGUUGGCAAUGUCCCAGGACAAAAGUCAGCUUGAUUCUCCAAAAACCAGUCAGUGUCCUGACCAGAUUCACAGAACAAGCUUAGUAAAGCAAAUUGAAUUCAAUUUCCGGUCACAAGCCAUCUCAUCUUCCAGAGCCAUGGUGUCAAAUGAGCAAGAGAAGUUUGGGAAAGUACCAUUUGAUUAUGCCAGUUUUGAUGCCCAGGUUUUUGGUAAACAUCCCCUUACACAAUCAGGGCAAGGAAGAAAAACACCACCAUUUCCUGAAUCAAAGCAUUUUUCAAAUCCAGGAAAAUAUCCUAACCGACUACCUAGCACUGGCGCCCCUGCACGGAGUCCUUGUAGUGCCAGCUCUUACAGCUACGGUCAAUGUAGUGAAGACACCCACAUAGCCGCAGCAGCUGCUAUCCUGAACCUUUCCACACGCUGCAGGGAAGCUGCCGGCAUCCUCUCCAACAAACCACAGAAUCUGCUAGCCAAGGGAACUGAAAUAGAAGUGGAUGAAAAUGGCACACUGGACUUGAGCAUGAAAAAAAAUCGAAUCCUGGACAAAGCUGCACCCCUAACUUCCUCCAAUACUUCUAUUCCAACUCCUUCCUCUUCCCCAUUCAAAACAAGCAGUAUUUUGGUCAAUGCUGCAUUCUAUCAGGCUCUCUGCGAUCAAGAGGGCUGGGAUACACCCAUUAACUACAGCAAAGCUCAUGGAAAGAUGGAGGAAGAGAAAGAGAAAGACCCAGUCAGCUCCCUAGAAAUUUUAGAAGAAAAGAAGUUCCCUGGAGAGUCCUCUAUUCCAAGCCCUAAAUCCAAGCUCCACACAAGAGAUCUCAAAAAGGAACUAAUCACCUGCCCAACACCAGGAUGUGAUGGAAGUGGUCAUGUGACAGGAAAUUAUGCAUCCCAUCGUAGUGUUUCUGGAUGUCCUUUGGCAGAUAAGACUCUUAAAUCCCUCAUGGCUGCUAACUCCCAGGAGCUUAAGUGCCCGACUCCAGGCUGUGAUGGCUCUGGGCAUGUUACUGGAAAUUAUGCUUCACACAGAAGCUUGUCGGGCUGCCCUCGGGCCAGGAAAGGUGGUGUCAAAAUGACUCCCAUGAAGGAAGAAAAAGAAGACUCUGAACUCAAAUGUCCUGUGAUAGGGUGUGAUGGCCAAGGUCACAUAUCAGGCAAAUACACAUCCCACCGCACAGCUUCUGGUUGCCCUCUGGCUACCAAGAAACAGAAGGAGAUUCAGCUCAAUGGGGCACCCCUCUCCUGGAAAUUGAAUAAGCAGGAGCUUCCUCAUUGUCCUUUACCAGGCUGCAAUGGACUGGGCCAUGUAAAUAAUGUGUUUGUUACCCACAGAAGCUUAUCUGGAUGUCCAUUAAAUGCACAAGCCAUAAAAAAGAGCAAAGUUUCAGAGGAACUAAUGACCAUCAAACUCAAAGCAACUGGAGGAAGAGAGAGUGAUGAAGAAAUUAAGCAUUUGGAUGAAGAAAUAAAGGAACUAAAUGAAUCAAACCUUAAAAUUGAAGCAGAUAUGAUGAAACUUCAGACACAGAUAACAUCUAUGGAAAGCAACUUGAAGACAAUAGAAGAGGAGAACAAACUUAUAGAACAGAACAAUGAAAGCCUGCUGAAGGAGCUGGCAGGUCUAAGCCAAGCUCUCAUUUCAAGUCUUGCUGACAUUCAGCUCCCACAGAUGGGGCCUAUCAGUGAGCAGAAUUUUGAAGCAUAUGUAAAUGCACUCACAGACAUGUACAGCAAUCUGGAACAGGACUAUUCACCUGAAUGCAAAGCUCUGCUGGAAAGCAUCAAACAGGCGGUGAAGGGCAUCCAUGUGUAAGAGCACAGCCCGUAGGCUACAGGAAUAACCAACAGCAAAGACAGAUGGAACCUGCACUGCUCCUGAGCUGCGGA